GCCGGCGUCCUGAAGAGAAUGGAAGAACCGUUACAAUCGGUUUCGAAGUGUUUACAGAAAUUCGUGGACUCAAUAAUUAAAGGAUAUCGAUGAUGGACGAGGAUCAGCAACAGAGGAUUCCAAAUAAUGUUCUACUAUUUCGACUCGCUGUUUCGAACAGCUUGAAACGAAUCGCGGAAUUAGUGAGCGAAGAAGAAUUCCUAAAGAUCUUCACGAUAUUUAAAUCGAAGCCAGGUACUGCGCAAAAGUUCCAUAAAGCGAUGUGUAAAGAACUUUUGGAUGUUAUGAACGACAAUUUAGAAGAAAUACUAACCGAAGGAGCUUUGCAACAGGAAUUGGAGAAACUCGCUGCGUUAACCGAUGCAAAUUCUUCUGUGAAGGAAGAUGCUUGGAGACCACCGGGAAAUGUGCCUUUACAUUUACGUUCGCUGGAUGCUCAAGUAAUGAUUGAAGAAAGCGAGACGCUUGAAAAACGUGUAAAUGAGAUAGAAAAGGAAAAUGCUAUUCUGAUGGAACAACUUUCGGACAAAAGAUUGAAAGUAAUUGCCAUGAACGAUAAGAUAACGCGAUCUUUAAAUAAAUCACCGAUUGUUAUAAGUUUGUUAGAAAAAAGACUGAGAGGGCUGGAGGAAUGUCUGUCCUUAAUAGAACAUAAGUAGAUAAUAGGAUAAAACACUGAUAAAUUGUAAAUAGUAUACAUAUUUCUUAUUAUUGUAUUACAAUUUUUAAUUACCUAAUUAUAAUAUCGUCUUACAAGUA